UUCUAAAGCAGGCAGUUACUUUUUGCCAGAGAGCAGAAGCUUUCAGCUGGGGAAAUCUGUGGCACAUCUAAGUGGUCCCUUCUUUUCACUCAAAACAAGAAAAAGAAAGUAGUUCUUUCUCCCUGAAGAUGCAGAACCCAUCUUGAAAUUGAAGGAUAAGAAGUCAUUUCUUCAUUUUACAUUUUCCCCCAAAGAAACUUGGAUGAUCUCAUUGCCUUACAGGACUGAAAGCCUAUUGCUGAGAUGUUUUCCAAAGCCUUUUUAGCUGUUUUGCUCUACACAACCCUGGUUCCCCUCCGGGCACAAAAUGGUGAAGAUGGAGCUUCUUCUUGUGCAGAUAAAACGAACUGCCCCAUCAGUGUCUACUUUGUGAUCGACACAUCAGAGAGCAUUGCCCUGCAGACUGUGCCCAUCCAGAGCCUGAUUGACAACAUCAAGCGCUUUGUCCCUGAUUUUAUCAAUAAGUUAGAGAAUGAGCUCUACCAGAGCCAAGUAGCCAUCACUUGGCAGUUUGGGGGACUUCACUUUUCAGACGUAGUCAAGUUCUACAGUGACUUCACCAGUGACAAGUCUGAAUACAUCACUCGCUUGAAAAACAUCGAGUAUAUUGGCAGGGGCACCUUCACAGACUGUGCUCUCUCCAACAUGACGGCAACGAUACGCAACAGGGGAGGGCAGAACUAUGUAAUUGUAAUUACUGAUGGCCAUGUGACGGGGAGCCCGUGUGGAGGGAUAAAGCUGCAAGCUGAAAGAGCGCGAGAGGCAGGGAUCAAGCUCUUUGCAGUGGCCCCUAACCAGAACAUCCAUGAGCAGGGACUCCGAGAGAUUGCCAGCUCUCCACAUGAGCUUUUCCGUAAUAACUAUAUCAUCACGAAGAUAGAUCCCAUCACAAAGAAGGAUACCAUUGAUGUAAAUACCGACACAAUUGAUAGGAUCAUCCAAGUGAUGAAACAUGAUUCCUAUGGAGAGUGCUACAAGAUGAGCUGCCUGGAAUAUAUCGGGCCAACUGGUCCAAAGGGCUUUCGGGGACAAAAGGGUGCAAAGGGUAACAUGGGAGUCCCAGGUUCUCCUGGGCCAAAAGGACGACAGGGUGACCCAGGAAUUGAAGGUCCAAUUGGAUAUCCUGGUCCCAAGGGUGUUCCUGGUCUAAAAGGAGAAAAGGGAGAGUUUGGAGGAGAUGGACGAAAGGGGAGCAGCGGUUUGGCUGGAAGGAAUGGCACCGAUGGACAGAAGGGCAAGUUGGGACGUAUUGGACCUCCUGGCUGUAAGGGCGACUCAGGUGACAGGGGUGCUGACGGUUAUCUUGGAAGUGCUGGUGAUCAAGGACCAGCAGGAGACCCAGGGAUAAAGGGUGAUCGUGGGCGGCCUGGCCGUAGUGGACCACCAGGGGCCCCUGGAGAGAAAGGACUCAAGGGACAAAAUGGCAGCAAUGGAUCUCCUGGCAGUCAUGGUACCAAGGGAGGCAAAGGUACCCCUGGAUCUCCUGGGCCCAAAGGAGAACCGGGUCGUCGUGGUGAUCCUGGAACUAAAGGGGGUGCUGGAACUCCUGGAUCCAAGGGGGAGAAGGGAGAUCCUGGUCUUGAGGGCCCAAGAGGGCUGCUAGGAGAAGUUGGAGAAAAAGGAGGAAGGGGAGAUCGAGGAUUGCCUGGUCCACGAGGUCCUCAGGGUGGUGUGGGUGAACCAGGCAACCCGGGCUCACGAGGGGAUUCCGGUGAGACAGGUGAAAGGGGUGACCCAGGUGUUCCAGGACCAAAGGGAGACAGAGGGAGACCUGGCUUUAACUAUCCUGGACCCAGAGGACCCCCGGGUGAGAAAGGUGAGAAGGGCCUUCCAGGACCAGAGGGCACAAGAGGAGACUAUGGAGCAAAAGGCACCAAAGGAACAAAAGGCCCUAAGGGUGAACCUGGUGACCCUAGCCCACCAGGUGAGCCUGGACUCAGAGGACCUCUUGGUGAAGAAGGACCUGAGGGUAGCCCUGGCCCUCCUGGAGAUCCCGGCUUAACUGACUGUGAUGUGAUGACCUACGUCAGAGAGACCUGUGGCUGUUGUGACUGUGAAAAGCAGUGUGGCCCCUUGGACAUAGUCUUUGUCCUAGACAGUUCAGAGAGUAUUGGCUACACCAAUUUCUCCUUGGAGAAGAACUUUGUCAUCAAUGUGGUGAGCAGACUUGGCUCUAUUGCCAAGGAUCCAAAAUCCGAAACAGGUGCCCGUGUUGGGGUGGUGCAGUACAGCCAUGACGGGACAUUUGAAGCCAUCCAGCUGAAUGAUGAGCGCAUCGACUCCCUCUCCAGUUUCAAAGAGGCAGUGAAGAAGUUGGAGUGGAUUGCAGGCGGUACUUGGACCCUCUCUGCACUUCAGUUUGCCUACGAUACCCUCAUAAAAGAAAGCCAACGACAGAAAGCCCGUGUGUUUGCUGUAGUGGUGACUGAUGGGCGCUAUGAUCCACAAGAUACUGCCAACUUACAGGCCCUCUGUGGGACCGGUGUUGUCGUCAAUGCCAUUGGGAUUGGAGACAUGUUCAGCGUGUCGGGUGAUGAUGAGACCCUGCGCUCUAUUGCCUGCAAUGAUGGCCAGAGAGUUCAGAAAAUGAAGUUAUUUACAGAUUUGGUGGCUGAAGAAUUCAUUGACAGCAUGGAACAUGAGCUCUGUCCAGAUCCUCAGAUUGUCUGCCCUGAUCUGCCCUGUCAAACAGAUAGGAGGAACCCUGGGAUCGAAAACCCAGUUAUUUUCCGCCCUAUGGAAGAGGGAGUCAAGAUAACUUUUCCCAGCAACAAACCCAUGAUCGCCCAGUUCCUGAACUCCACGAGGGAGAUCCAGGACCCCAACAUGUACACGCAGCUGGUGGCCAUCUUGGCCUAUACCGCCGAAAAAGCCAAGUUUGCCACUGGACAUGAGCGGCAGGAGUGGAUGGACUUGUUCAUUGACAGUUUUAAAAUGGUGCACAGUGAGAUUGUGGGGGAUCCAGAUACUGUAAUUGGCCUUUGUUGAUGUAAAAGUAAUAGGACUUGAUCCCGCUUAUAGAGCCUAAAGCUAGUGAGCACAGCUAUUUUACCUGUAGAAAUUCUCUGGAGCUCUCAUUGGUGGUGGGAGCUCUCAUUGGUGGUGGGAGAUGGCAACAACAAAAACUUUCAGGAUAGGAACGUCCUAAAAAGUCAGUCUCAAGUGCUGUUAAGGCUUGUACUCAGCUUUGCUAUUAGACCAGUACAUUGGCCCUUGCUCUAACAUAACAUGUGCUGCUGUGUUUCUAGGGAACCAUGCAAAGGAGUCAGGAAGACCGGAUGGCUGGGCAUUAGUGAUAGAUCUGCCUGAGUUCCUUCCCUAGACAUCAGGCUAUGCCAGUCAGUUCAUACGUUCUCUAAACAAUCCAACACAAGGCAGUGGGGGUGGGGAAAACUAGAGGAGUCAGGACAGCAUGAAGCCCUUGGUCUUUCCUGAUCAGAGGGCGCAAUAUGGUGGUGAUCAUGUAAUAGUUACCAUAUGACUGGCCAUGUAAAAACCUACCACCAAGUGACUCAUUACAUGGAGAUAGUAGCCUUUGGCCAUACAAUAAGCCAAGCAAUACUAGACGCGCGCACACACACACACACACACACACACACACACACACACACACACACACCUGUUUCUCACUUCCCUGGAUUUUGAAUUGAUCACAGGAACAUGGAAAUACUCAAAUGGCCACAUAUAUAGAGACGGUUGCUUCUCAACCCUGUUACGGUUGCCACAUGGGAAGUUUUAAAGUGGUUGCCAUGUGGUCAAUGGUAGUCUGUUUCUACCUUGAACUGGUAGUAUUGCCAGCACGUAUGUAUGACAGAAGCUGCCCUUUAUAAGCUGGCAACAUAAAAAUAUGUUGGGGUGUGUGUGUGUGUGUGUGUGUGUGUGUUCCUUUACCUUUUGAUUGUAAAUUCCUGUGUCUGUAUAUUGCUGUGUCUGUCUUUCUAUUUCAGCUGCAAGGGCUUUCCUAGAUUAUUCAAGGGAGUGUUGAUCCCAUGCGUUUUCAGUCUUUGGGUUCUAAAGGUGAAGACAGAUGAUGCAUUCUGAAGUGUGGUGGGAGGGGUUUGGGUGCACAUUCCAGGGCAUUUGUUUUCAGGUGUAUUCACACCACUUAAAAUAACUGUCUUCACCCUAAGGCAUUUCUAAAAGACAGAGCUUUAGCUCAGGUUGCAAGCUCUCUACUGGACCAAACUGGCACAGAGGAAACAGCAGGGAGGCUUCUAGUGAUACUCGAGGACUGUCCUUGUUGUGUCUUUUAUUGUUGUUCUGCAUAUUUUGUAUAUAUGGGGUUUCCAAUUUUGCAUAUUUUCUUUGUCCUAGGGAGCUAGUGGCAUCCAUAAUCCCAGGGAAACAUUGUUGGUGGAAAGCAAUAACCCAGUGACUGCACAAUUAAAUAGGAAUACUUUUAUUACUGUAAUAAUUAUGAAAAAAGAUGAUUUAAGUUUAUGGUGGUUACGAUUCUUAAUCAAGGUUAUUCACUUCAGAAUCCAGAGAUGAAAUAUCUAGUCACCUUCUUUUCGGCUAAAGUCUAUAUCAAUCAAGUUUUAUUGUAGCCAGUAGACCAGAGCUAGAAAAAGAAGUCAUAGUUGCAACAAAAUAAGUCUAGAUGAUAUUUGAUCUGUGACUGAAAUAAAGAUUCAUUCAUUCUGUAUGAUAUAUAUGGAGGGGCCACAUGUUCACAAGUUCAGAUUCAAACAUGCUAUAGAAAUCCAGGAAGAGAAUUGGAGUAGCCAUUGAACAUGAGUUUGCAGUAGUGUCUCCUAUAACUGUACAGUACUAACCAUAUUUAUUUGUAGCAGAUUGAAUUAGAUUGCUAAUUAAUUCCCUCUGAAGGGAUACUAUGAAUUUAUACUAUAUUGAAGGAAAAGUGACUGAUAAAUCAGCAUAAAUCUCUUUUAAAACCCCGGGCUCUGAAUAAUUAUCCUAUUCAAUAUUCAUAUCUGUCUUGCUUAUAGAUCAGCCAUCUAGGGGUAUGCUAGCUCUAGAUUUCUUGCAUUGAGCAGGUGUUUAGAUUAGAUGGCCUUCAAGAUUCCCUCAAAUUCUUUGAUUCUGUUGUUCUACUAUUUGUAGUUCUAAGCAAAUGAGAAAGACCUAGAGUGGAUUUAAAAAAUAUUUUCCCCAACAAGCAUUGAAUGUUGUGGUCACCAAGUUAUGAGAAACUACACUGUCUGCAAGGAUCCAAUGAGUGGUGGAUUCCAUGGCCACCACACAAUGAAUUGUCCAGCGGAUACUGGCUGCAGAAUAUAUUGCUUGCUGGGCCCCUUCAGACAGCUUGGUUUCACUUGAUCCCACCAUUCCAUUGGAUCCUGCAAAAUUCAGUACAGUCUGAAUUCAAUCUAUCAGCCAGAUAGAACCAAAUUUUAAAUGUAGUUCAGCUUUUGUGCGUGUCUACCUUCCACUGCCCCUCCUAAGUGAGAUCAAUAGAAGAUUAUCACAAAGACAGAAUUUGCACACAUCCCCCUCCCCGCCAACAAAAGGACUUUUUUUUUACAGUUGCAUCACAAUGCAUACUCAUAUGAACCAUUCAAGUCCCAUAACUGCAGCCAGACAUGCCAUCAGGUCACAGGACAAUACAGAUUCCAUGUACAACAUUUUAGUAUACAUGAGUGACAGAAGUGGAUGGACUUGUUUAGUGACAUUUUUUAAAUAGUGCACAGCAAGGUUGUGUGGGAUCCAGAGACUGUAAAGGCUUUUGUUGAAUUACUAUUGCUUUUAGAUAUGAACACAUGUGGAUCCAUUAAUAAGACUAGAAUGCACAUAGCCAUCUAUCAAACCAAAAAAAAAGGCCCUUCAUAAUGGAAAAAAAAUUGUUGGAUCAGCUUGUGUAACUCCAUCCUGAGGGGGCUUGCAAGACAUCAGCUAUGCUUUGGGCCGAUCCGUAAUAGAUCAUAUAUACUCUAUAGAAUGUUGCAGGCAUAUUAAAGUAGGGCUAACGGUGUAUGCCACACCUUGCUAUGUACGAAGUAUGUGAGAGAAAAACAACGUUUCAAUUAAAAUUUUGAUGUGAAGAGACAA